AUGAGCGCGCCCGAGACGCCGGCCGAGAUGGAGCCGGCCGGGGAGGAGGAGCGGCCGCCGGCGCGGGCCGACGAAGGGAAGCAGGAGGCGGCGGCCCUGGCUUCGGGGCCGGCCCGCCGGGGGAGUAGUAGUGCCUCCUCUCUGGAAGACGCGGACGAGCCGGAGGAGGAGACGGCGGAGGCGAUGGUGGUCGCGGGCAGUGGCUGCAAGGAGCAGGAGCUGACCUACGAGCUGCAGCAGGGCCACCGCAUCCUGGGCGAGUUCCUGCAGGAGAAGCACCGGGGCCUCACCGCCCCCUUCUUGCAGCCCUUGGGGGGCGUUGCCGGCGCGGAGGAGGACAUGGCCGAGGGGCGGCGCGGCGCGGGCCGGGGCGCUCGCGUCCUCCCGCCGCAGCCUGGUCAGGGCAUGUGUCUGCUGAAGAUGGAGGAGAAGUUUUCCAGCGGCCAGUACAGGGGCAUCACCGAGUUUGUGGCGGACUUCAGGUCGAUGCUGGAGACGUGCUACCGCCUGCACGGCGUGGACCACUGGAUGUCCAAACAGGGCCAGAAACUGGAGAUGCUGCUGGAGCAGAAGUUGGCGCUUCUGUCUCGGAACUUGAGAGAAAAGACAACGAUAGCAGUUACAUCUAGAGGCUGUUAUGGACUGGAGGAGGAGAAGGGAACUGCAUGUACUUCAACAAGGCGUCGGUCAACACCUCGGAGUUUGGCAGGCUUGACAAGUGGAGUUUUUGAAUCUAUAAUGGUUCAAGUUUUAAGACAGGAAGAACAGCUGAGAGCAAAAGAAGAAAAAAGGCUUCGGGAGCAGGAAAGAAAAGAAGCAGAAGAAGCUUGCCAAAAAGAAGUAGAAGAGUGGGAAAGAAAACUUCUAGCUCAAGCUGCUCCGACUUGUAUGGAAAACAUGUGGGAAAUUCCAGCUAUUGGACAUUUUCUCUGUUUAGCCCAGCAAAUUCUAAAUUUGCCAGAAAUAGUCUUUUAUGAGUUGGAACGUUGUCUUCUGAUGCCUCAAUGUAAUGCUUUUCUGUCAAAAAUAAUGACUUCUUUACUAAGCCCUCCCCAUCGCAGACCUACCUUACAUCGAAGACCUACUUUGCCUUACAGGACCUGGGAAUCAGCACUGAGACAGAAAGUGCAGCAGUGGUACACUACUGUAGGACAGACUGAAAACCCUGGAAACUGCGCUGAGAAACUUGGCUUGUGUCCUCAGUUUUUUAAAGUUCUUGGAGAAGUGAAUCCAUUGGAAGAAAAACCUUUUCACGAACUACCUUUCUACCAAAAAGUGUGGUUACUUAAAGGUCUUUGUGACUUUGUGUAUGAAACACAAAAAGAAGUUCAAGAUGCUGUUCUUGGGCAGCCUAUUCAUGAGUGUAGGGAAGUUAUCCUUGGUUAUGAUUAUCUGGAGAAUGCUUACGUACAUUUUCCACAAUUCUGUGGUGCAGAUGUACGGAUUUAUAAACAAAGACCUUUUCAGGCCCCAGAAUUUCCAAUUCCACCCAUUAAAGUACAAAGAGUACCUCGGAUUAAACUGGAGAAAUUUAAGUGUGACUAUGUUAAUACAAGCAAUGGAGAACAUAGAUGUAAUAGAGAAGGUGUGCCCUCUGCCUUCAAGAAAGAGCAGGAAAUUAAUUUGGAUCCAGUUUGUUGCCCUACUAAAAUGAACUUUGAUAAUCAUGACAUCUCUGUUGAAAUGGAAGUGAAAUCCAGCUGUGAAAUUAAAAUUCAUAGGCCCUGUGAAAUUGAAAAAACUGAUUGUUGUAAAGAAAAUGUGGAGAAACCAGGAAGUCCAGGAGAAGUUACUGACUUUGGAGAGCCACUCAGUCCAGGCGAAAUAAGGUUUAUAGAAAAUCAGGAAAAAUAUGGGGAAGCUUCCAGAAUAAAGAUCGAACCCAGUCCAUUAAAAGAGAAUACUCUAAAAUCUUGCCAAAUUCACAUAAAUGGAAGUCAUGCUGAUCAUCCAGAAAUUAACUGCCACAAAGUUGUAAGAGAUAUACUAUUAGAGCAGUCACUGCAGAGUCAUAAGAAACUCAAACUAACUAAAAUGAGGGCAAAAAAGAAGAAAAAGAAAAAAAAGAAAUUAAAAGAUGUUUUGAAUGAAAAUUUACAAAGAAAGCGUGAAAGUCUUCAUUCUCUUGCUUUCAAGUCUUACAAACCUGAGAUCCAGAAUAAAUUAUUGAUCAUCAAAAAGAAAGCAAAACACAAGAAGCACAAAUCUGGAAAAAAAUCCAUAUCUAAAAAAGCAGUCACAAAGAAGAGGAAAACUGUCACAAAGUCACCUACUGUACCAGAAUUUCAGCUUAUUUGCACUAAUCUUGAUGAACUCAGGGAAUUAAUCACAAAAAUCGAGAAUGAACUCAAAGAUCUGGAAAACAGUAGAAAAAAAUCGGGCAAGUGGUAUCAUCGGAGACAAGCUGUAAAAGAAUUGCAUAGUACAUUGAUACGUCUUUUAAAUGAAUUGCUGCCAUGGGAACCAAAGUUAAUGAAGGCUUUUCAAAGAAACAGGAGCCGCCUAAAGAAAGACUAUGAUGAUUUCAGAAGACAACCUGAUCAUGAUAAGUUCACUAGAGAACUGUGGACUACUGAAGAAUGUGAAGGCGACCCUGGGAAAGAAUCUCCUCAAGUAGAAAUCAGUAAGUCUGUAGACUCAACAGAACCUCUAGAUCUACUGGAAAAAGAUCAUUUUGAUUCAGAUGAUAUGAAAUUGUCAGAAAUAGGUUUUCCUAUGGCCAGAAGCAAGUUGUUGAAAAAAGAAUUGCCUUCUAAAGAUGUAUUGAAGACACUGCCUAAAACACUUAAAAGACAGUUCAAACAAACUAGUUAUCUGGAUGAUAGCACAAAAGAGCUUUCCCCGAGGAAGAAAGCAAAGCUAAGCACAAAUGAGACAUCAUUUGAGAAUCUAGAAGUUGAUACCCAGAUUGACUGUUUGAAUGAAUCAAAACAUACAGAGCUACCAUGCCCAGAGUCAUUUGCCUCAGUGGAUUCAGUUCCAGUGUCUACUCUCCAGAAAGGGACCAAACCUAUUCAGGCCUUGCUUGCAAAGAAUAUUGGGAACAAAGUGACCUUAACAAAUCAACUGCCCCCUUCCACAGGUAGAAGUGCUCCUGCUGUGGAAAAGCCAGUUAUAUCUCCUGCAGAAGCAAGCCCCAUAAAGCCAGCAUUGACCUGCCUCACCAAUUCAAAAGGACCUUUACAGAUGGUAUACAAAAUGCCCUGUGGUCAGUGGUUGCCAGUAGACCUUCACAAUAGCUCUGUCAAGAUUCAGAUGCAACCUGUGGUGGAUCCUAAAACAGGAGAAAAAAUCAUGCAGCAGGUUCUUAUUCUCCCGAAGAACUUUGUGAUUCAGCACAAAGAAGGAAAAGCAAUUGCAAAGGAAAUACUACCACUUCAGCAAAAAGGUACAGAACAUUAUUCCUCCUUCCCCCAGACAACAUCAGUUCUCACCUCAACAGGGACUGUUUCUACUCAACUACCUAAUACAGUUUUCAACAAGACAGCGACACCUUCAUCAAAUGUGAGUUCAAGACCACAGCCUUUGUCACCAGUAACCUCUGUAAGUAAUUUAUUAAUACCACCAGUUAAGACUAGUCAAAGUGAGGCAGAAAAAGUUGUGAAUACAGUUUCAGCAGCUACAUUCCCCCAACCAAUUGCCUUACCCACCAUUUCCUCAACAGGUCAGCCUUUAUUAUCAGCAACAACAUUAAGUGAAUCUACAAAUACUUGUAAUUCCCUCACCUGCUUUCCACAACAAACAGCUGACUCUUCAGAUGCAAAGCAAGAACUGAAAACUGUGUGUAUAAGAGAUUCACAGUCAAUUCUUGUUAGGACACGAGGUGGGAACACUGGAGUUGUAAAAGUACAGACCAAUACAGAUCAAAAUUCACCCAACAGUGUAUCUUCAAAUUCAGUCUUCACUUUUGCUCCCCAACUUCAGGCAUUUCUGGUGCCAAAAUCAACUUCAUCGUCCUCUGGCUUUUCACAGGUAGGUGGAAUGACUACUACACCUAGUCUCCCAUCUUUGAGCCAAGCACCAUCUUCUGUUUCCAUUCCAUGUGGCUUUCAUCCAUCCAUGGAGAAAAAUCCCAAACCUAAAUUAACCCAGCCCUCCAGCAGUGGUAAUUUGGGCCCCAUGAUAGAUAAAACUGCACAUAUACCCUCUUCUCCCUUGAAGUCCACCAUUUCUUCCAGCACUCUGCUACCAUCAACAACAAAUAGUUCAGUAAGUGUAAUUAGCAUAUCAGCAGGAAAUUUUGGACAAACCAGUGCAAAUGUUAUUUAUACUGCAACUAAACAGCAGCAAGUUGAUUAUGUCACAAAAAGCUACCCUGCUACAAGAUCAGAAGCAACAAUAGCAAUAAAUGGAGAUAUGCUCAGUGGGACUCCAGUUCAGAAGCUUAUGCUAGUAUCAACUCCAUCAGUUCUUCCUUCUGGCAGUGGAACUGCAAUUAAUGUGGCACCAGUACCAACAUCUACAGGUGUUUCUACCCAGAAAGUGGUUUUUAUUAAUGCUGCAAUUCCCAGUGGCACUUCAACGCCAACAAUUGUUGGAGAGCCAUUAAAACAAACACUUCCUCACCCUUUAAGUAAAACAUAUGUUAAGACUCCAGAGCAACCCCAAAUCGUGUUAAUUCCAUCUACAGUUGGAGCACCAAUGAAAAUAAAUUCUUCACCAACUGUGUCUCAAAUAAAAGAUGUGAAAAUUGGACUAAACAUAGGUCAAGCAAUUAUAAAUCCUCCAGGCAGUAUGCCAGCUAUCCCAUCAAUUAAUAUAUUGCAAAAUGUAAUGCCAAAAGGAGAAGAUAAAAGUAGCAAGGGCUAUGUUUUACCACUGUCAACAAGUGGUAAUUCAGUUCCAAUAAGCUCAAAUAUUGUGAGUCAAAAUAUCCCUCCUGUCAAUGAAUCUGUGGUUUCUGCAACAGCAGCAAGCAUGUUUUCAGUAACAGGAGCAAAUGUAUCUUUGAGUUCUCUUCCAGUGACCUCAUCCUCUGCUUCAGUUGGGGCACGGUCUCCUGUUUUAGUCAGUGGAAAUGAUACCUCUUCAAGAAUUAUGCCUAUUUUGUCAAACAGACUUUGCACAUCAAAUUUUGGAAACACUGUGGCCAUAUCAACUGUGAAAACAGGACACCUUGCAUCAUCCGUUCUGAUUUCAACUACACAACCAACAGUAUCUCCUAAAUGUUUGACAUCAGCUUUGCAAAUCCCUAUUACUGUUGCCUUGCCUACACCUGUGACUACAUCUCCAAAAAUAAUCAACACUGUUCCACAUUCAACAACACUGACAGGAGCCACACGUUCUAUCUCUCUUUCUAAAAGACAAUCUCGGACUCCUCUCCAGUUCCAGUCUCCAGGGAUAUCAACUACAGUGCCAACAAAUGUGAACACAAAUAAACCUCAAGCUGAAAUAUCAUCCCCUUCACCAAGUCCAGGCAAAAUACUUAAUAUUUCCAGUUUUACUUCUAUGCCAAACCAGCAAAUGUCGUCUGCUUUAGUAAAAUCAACUCCCAGUCACAAUUCUGCCACAGGUGGCUCUGCCACCCACACUGCUGCACCACCACCAAAUGUAACUAGUCUGGCAGGAGGUCCAUUCAGUGAACCUUGUAUUCAGCAAAAAAUAGUCAUCAACACUAGUACACCAUUGGCACCUGGUACUCAAAUCAUGAUUAAUGGAGCCCGUUUUAUUGUUCCACCACAAGGUCUUGGAGCUGGCAGCCACGUUCUUCUUAUAUCUACUAACCCAAAAUAUGGACCUCCUUUAGUUCUUAACAGUGGCCCAGGUAUUCAGGCUACACCAGUAGAUAACCCUGUCCAGAAGAUAAUACAAGCACCAAAUAAUUUAAGUGGGCAACCUGUGAAACAUCCUGUAAGAAACUCUACAAAAAUUAUAAACUCUCUUGGAAAUGCAAGUUCUCUCCCCACAGUCCAUGCAACACCACAGAUCAUAAACACAUCUACUAAAGUUUGUGUCCCACCUCCUGCCCCAACAGUGUCGUUGACUUCAGUAAUUAAGUCUCCUCCAGCUACUCUGUUGGCUAAGACAUCUUUGGUUUCUGCCAUUCCCUCUAGUAAUCCUCCACUGCCAAGUAGCACAUCGGUAUUUCAUUUGGACACAUCUGUCAAAAAAUUGAUGGUUAGCCCAGAAGGAGCCAUUUUAAAUACCAUAAAUACUCCAGCUUCUAAGGUUUCUUCAUUGUCUUCAUCUCUCUCUCAAAUUGUUGUAUCUGCCAGUCGAAAUCCUGCCUCUGUCUUCCCUGUUUUUCAGUCAUCUGGUUUAGAGAAGCCUGACACAGCUGCAUCUUGAAUUUAGACUAAAGGAGCCAGUUUUUAAAUAAUGGGGCAUUGUUUUAACUCCCAUAAAAAUUUUAUCUGUUUAUUAUACUGUUUGAAACAUACUAUACAUACUGUGUGUGUGUGUGUGUGCGUGCGCGCACGCGCGUGCGUUUGUAUGUGUGUAUUUUAAUGUAUCUACAUUAGCUUGCACAAGACUUUUCUUGGGGAAGGAAAAGUAUACCAUUUCACUCAUUGGUAUGGGGAUGUUUUCAGAGGUUCUUUGUUUAAAGUACAUGGUCAAGAUUUAACUGUCUAUAAAAUAAAUUGAACAAAGUCGUUUGACUAGUAUAAAUAAGCUAGCCUUUUUCAAAUUUACAUUGACAUACUUCUUUGCAUUUGGACUAUUGCAGUGUAUCUAUGAUAUAGUAUUCUGUGUCAUUAGUGAAAUAUUAUUUUUGUUUCUGUAAAAAGAAUAUAUAUAUUUAUGCAUUAUGAAAAUGCAGUCCAUGGUGUAAAUUGUACAUAUUCCCAUAUCCCUAGCAAUCUGUACUAAAUAUAUGUACAAAGAACUAUUCUGUCUUAUUUAUGUUUUGUUUACAUAAUGUAUAGUUUUUUAAGUAUUUUAGUAAUUUUGGACCAGUGAACUGUUAGCAACAAUGCAGAAAAAUCUGCAUGUAAUAAACUGAGUUGCUGUAUUUCUUUGUUUGAAUACCAUUUUUUAGAUAUGUUCUUGUUCCAUUGAAGAAUACAUGAUACGAAUGAAGACACCCUUUUUUUAAAAAAAAAAAAGGUAUUAAGACAGAGAACAUGCAUAAAUUAUCGUAUUGGUUCCAGACUUCACAGUUGAGAUAUUUACUUUUAUGUGUCUCAUUUCAUCUUCACAGUACUUUCAGGAAUUCACUGACUAGCUAAGCUUUCCUAGCUAGUAGGUAGUAGAGCCAGGACUUGAAUCUGAUGCUUUACAUCCUUUCCCAUUGUUCUGCAUUACUUCCAGUUUAUUUCAUUUUUUCAAGAGUUCAUGAUUUCCAGACUUAAAAAAAAAAAAUCAUCUGGGCAUGGUGGCACA